AUGCAGCGCAUGGGCGAAUCGGGGCGCGUUGUCGUUGACGUCGGCGACCUCGACGACGACGUCGACGACGAAUCCGUCGCCGUUGGCCGCCGGCCGGCCGUCUUGCGGUACCAGUUGGACGGGAAAAGCGACUCGGCACAAGCCGCCGUCCGACUCGUUUGUCGGCGCCGCGUCGCUCGAGUCCGUCGGCCAGGACGGCUCAAGCGAGUGCGGCGGACAGAGCGCCUCGCGGUCCACCCGCUGACCGGCGACGAGGCGGCCCGUGUUCGCCUCCACCUCGAAGAAGACGGCCGCGGCUCCGCUCGCCAGACUCACAAACUGCCACGUCGAGCGCCGCCUCGGCGUCGAGCCCGACGCGUCGCCGUCGCCGUCGCCGUCGGCGUCGGCGUCGGCGUCGGUGAGACGGGACUCGGGCGCCUCCAACUGGCCAAUCAAAGUGCCGCGUUCGACAUUCUCGUGGAUGGAGAAGACGACCGGCCGGGCUUGCGCCGCACCGACCGCCUGCCUCACGAGGCCGACCAGCACGAGACGGACCAAUCCGCGCACCAGCGGCGCCCAGUUCGAGUCCCGUCUGGCACGUCGGACAAGCGCCGGUCGCGGCCACAUGCUUCAGCGCCGCGCAACGGCCAUCCACGACGACACAGUCUUCGGCGCACUCGGGCCUACUCCGGCCGGUGGGUGCAACGAGUCCUGCAGCUGGCCGAGGCCACGGUUCGAGGCCUUUGUCGCCCUGACGAUGCGGCCACACGACGGGACAACAUGACGACGCAAUGGGUUGUGAGACACCGGCAGAACGGCCUGUUUGCCCUUUUGGCUGUUGGAGCUGUCGGCGAGUGCGCACGAAAACACACACAGGACAGACAGGAGGCGAGGCGAGGUGAGGCGAGUGUCCGGAACACGGUAACCAGGUGGAAGGGCCGCGGAGAGAAGAAGCUUGUCGGUCGGGUUGAAAGACCUGAUGAAAUCGGCCGUCUCGAUCACUGCGUCCGCAUCGGGUCGGCCCAUUUCUCUCCUCUUGAUCCCGAUCGUGCCCCGCCCGUCGGACGCCGGCAUUCGAAGAGAUCACCCUUUUCGCCCAGUCAACAUGUGGCCGCGCGACGCACCGUCUGUACCAGGAGCCGGGCGUGUGAGCAGGUGUGUGCCGGGGCCCGGGUGACUGGUGCGGCUAUGAGUCUCCGUCCCAGUCAGUCACAGUCCCAGUCGGAGGAGAUAAAUCUACCAACCAGGCGGAGGUGA